AUCGACCCAUAAUUGGCCUCUCUAGUUCUGACCGGUUUAGAUACAGUUCAGAAUUUCACCGGUUCAGUUCUGGUUUAUGGUUCAACCCAGCCCACGGCUACCUGUAGGUUCUUAAAGAAAUAUUUAAACAAAAUAGGAAACCUAAUUUUGCUAAUAAUAAAUCUAAUUUCAUCUUUCUUGAUUUUGGCGGGAAAGCCAAAUCAAAGAACCUUCUUUAUUCAGUUACAAAUAACUAACUAAAAGAAUCUCAAAAUUUCGCUCCAACUCAGUCGCAACUCACUUCAGGUUUGCAAGAUCUGCUUCAGUAUUGGAACAGCUUAACAGAUGGAGGAAACACACUAUAAAAGAAUCUCAGAUAUCACACCAGUAGAUGGAAUGCUUUUUUCCAAGGGAAUUGACCCUAUAACCGGAAAGACUGUAACAAUUAAGACAGUGCUUAUUGAGGAUACACUUGAAGGACUAUCAAGCUCGAUACUAGGAGAUUUUUCUCUCCAGCACAAAAACAUUGUCAGUCUAAUUGAUGUCCAAAUUAAAGACAAGGGUGUGGACUUCAUUUAUGAACAUAUGGACUUGAAUUUGAAGAAGCUGAUCUACCCACCAACAGAGAGCGGUCAGAUAAUUAAGCCUCGUUUGCUAAAGAAAAUUCUGUACCAGGUUCUGUCUGGUGUCUCUUAUUAUCAUUCCAACAAUAUUUUUCACCUAGAGAUAAAACCCAGAAAUGUGUUGAUAGAUAUGGGUACUGAAGAGGUGAAGCUUGGUCAAGGCCAUAUGCAUAAUAAAUCAAAGGCAAUAAAAAGAUGGUCCAGUGCACCUGAAAUCCUAUUAGGUUCCCCCAACUAUUCUGCUUCUGCAAAUAUUUGGUCUGUGGGGUGUAUGUUCGUUGAGAUGGCGAUUGGGAAGCCUAUUUUUAACGCAGAUAAGGAGUUUGAUACGCUAAGUGAUAUUUUCAGUUUCUUUGGGAUGCCUAAUGAGGAGACAUGGCCAGGAGUAACUGCAUUGCCUCAAUAUGCCUCUGCUUGCAAGCCUCAUUCUGAAAAGGCGAGAAAGAAUCUGGCAGAAUCGGUUUCUGGCAUGGACCCUGACGGAUUUAGACUUGUUAGUAAAAUGCUUUGCAUGAUUCCAACUGCAAGAAUAUCCGCCCAAGAUGCACUCAAUGAUCCGUACUUGAAGGAUGCGAUGAACGCGUAGUAGUUGGUGCUAAGUUUGGUUGAAUCUGCAUAUUAUUAGAUAUAGAUUGAGACAUUUUUAGUUAGACUUUUAGAAAAGUUUAGUAUAUAUCUGCUUUGAAGCAAAAUAAGUAGUUUUUUUCUCUCAUUAUGCAAUAUAAUAGACUAAAAGUAUAGUUUUGGGAUAUGUCUAGCAGCAAAGCUUCAAUAAUAUAUCCUAAACUUUGUACAUUGACUUUGUCACUUUGAUGAAUCGAAUUCAUGUUGCUAUUA